GUGGCAGCCCUCUCGAUGUCUCGUCGACACUUAAGGCCAACAAAUACAAACAGGCAUAAUAAAAUAAUCGAUGCUUUUAAAAUUUGCAUAAGUUCGGAUACCGCAGAUGCUACCCAAAUAGAGCCAGAGGAGUGUAUUUCCAUAUCCAUAUCGAAACCCAUUUCCCCAUUGCGCAUACGCCGCGUGGACACGGCCAGGGCCUAAGAAUGAGGCCUAGACCUGAAGACGGCGGCAGUGGCGGUUGGCAAGUUCGUGGGCGUUCGAUUUAAUUGUGGGAAUUCGGCGCCUGCCACGCACCCAUCACAUGGAUGGACGUGGCUAAAAAUUUGAAUUUUUAAGCACUUAGGCACAAGGCGGUUCGAAUACCGAGGCCCGAGACCCAUAUAAUUUCAUUAACAUGUGUGGGUCGGAGUAAAAGUUUCAGGUUUCCGAUUGAACGUGGCCUUGUGGCAGCCGUGGGAACUGUGGCCUCAAAGUACACGUCUUUAUGUACAGCAAGGCAACCACCUAGCAGACGGAAGGAGCAAUCACUUGCCGGGCAGAGCUUGUUAACCUUCCAGAUUUCACAUUUCAUUAACGUCGAAAUCGCCCUGCUGGCAGGUUAAUAUUGUCCUGGUUUUCAAAGCCCUUGUUAUAUCUUAAAUAAAUCCGGUAUUGCCUAAGUGAGUGAAAUGAUUGCCUAAAAGUGCAUUAAGUUGCACUCACUUAACAAGGGAUUGCAAAAUAACAACUACAAUUGACAUUAUUAAGAACCAGCAACAAGGAUGACAACCUCGAUGCAGCCGAGCAAGUAUACGGGCCUGGUGGCCGACCUGAUGCCCAAUAUUCGGGCGAUGAAGUAUUCGGGCCUGUUUAUGCACAACUUCACGGGCGGCAGUGCGUUCAUGAAGAAGGUGUACUCCUCGGUGCACCUGGUGCUCCUGCUGAUGCAGUUCGCCUUCAUCCUGGUCAACAUGGCGCUGAACGCCGAGGAGGUGAACGAGCUGUCGGGCAACACGAUUACCACCCUCUUUUUCACCCACUGCAUAACUAAGUUCAUCUACUUGGCUGUCAACCAGAAGAAUUUCUACAGAACCUUGAAUAUCUGGAACCAGGUGAACACGCAUCCCCUGUUCGCCGAAUCGGAUGCUCGCUACCACUCGAUCGCCCUGGCGAAGAUGCGGAAGCUGUUCUUUCUGGUGAUGCUGACCACCGUGAUCUCGGCCACUGCCUGGACCACGAUCACCUUCUUCGGGGACAGCGUCAAGAUGGUGGUGGACCACGAAACGAACUCCAGCAUUCCGGUGGAGAUACCACGGCUGCCGAUCAAAUCGUUCUACCCGUGGAACGCCAGCCACGGCCUGUUCUACAUGAUCAGCUUCGCCUUUCAGAUCUACUACGUGCUCUUCUCGAUGAUCCACUCGAACCUGUGCGACGUGAUGUUCUGCUCCUGGCUGAUCUUCGCCUGCGAGCAGCUGCAGCACUUGAAGGGCAUCAUGAAGCCCCUGAUGGAGCUGUCUGCCUCACUGGACACCUACAGGCCGAAUUCGGCUGCCCUUUUCAGGUCCUUAUCGGCCAACUCCAAGUCGGAGCUCAUCCACAACGAAGAAAAGGAUCCCACCACCGACAUGGACAUGUCGGGUGUGUACAGCUCGAAAGCGGAUUGGGGCGCCCAGUUUCGAGCGCCCUCGACGCUGCAGUCCUUCGGCGGAAACGGGGGCGGGGGCAACGGGAUGGUGAACGGGGCUAAUCCCAAUGGCCUGACCAAAAAACAGGAGAUGAUGGUGCGCAGUGCCAUCAAGUACUGGGUGGAGCGGCACAAGCACGUGGUGCGCUUGGUGGCUGCCAUUGGCGAUACCUACGGAGCCGCCCUUCUGCUGCACAUGUUGACCUCAACCAUCAAGCUGACCCUGUUGGCCUACCAGGCCACCAAAAUCAACGGAGUGAACGUCUACGCCUUCACAGUCGUCGGGUACCUGGGCUACGCUUUGGCCCAGGUGUUUCACUUUUGCAUCUUUGGCAAUCGAUUGAUUGAGGAGAGUUCAUCCGUCAUGGAGGCCGCCUACUCGUGCCACUGGUACGAUGGCUCCGAGGAGGCCAAAACCUUCGUCCAGAUCGUGUGCCAGCAGUGCCAGAAGGCUAUGAGCAUAUCGGGCGCAAAGUUCUUCACCGUUUCGCUGGACUUGUUUGCCUCGGUUCUCGGUGCAGUUGUCACCUACUUCAUGGUGCUGGUGCAGCUCAAGUGAGCAGCCAGCGGAGUUGACGGACUUUUUGUGCCAGACGAGCGAAUGCCAAGGAGCCAGCGUGCUAGCCCAACCCCUCAAACGGCCAGUGUCCAUGCACCGCCCCCACCUCUGUGCAACCAGCAACAUUAUAGAGCAAUUAUAACGCAAAUUAUAUAUUUUAUACCAGCGACGAGCGAACCUCGAGGGGCAUCAUGGAAACAAACUGGGGCAAAUAGAACCCUGCACAUAUUUAUCGAUUUUGUACACGUGUAGAGCUUUCAAUGUAAACUCAAGAUGCAAACCAAUAAAUGUGUAGUGAAAAUGCAUGAACUUAA